UAACAUAUUUUUCUCAUUCUAAAAAAAUUUACAAUGUUGAAGUCAUUGGCAUUAUUCGUUCUCAUUUUGUGCACCACUCUUGUUGUAAGUGGGGCCAAUAUUGUAGAACAAACUUGUAGUAAGACUCCAAAUUCUGCACUUUGCAUUCAAUUUCUAAAUGCUGAUCCAAAAAGCUCCACCGCAGAUGUCACUGGUUUAGCACUAAUCAUGGUCGGUGUAAUAAAGAACAAAGCAGACAUUGCGGUGAACAAAAUCAAUCAACUUGGUGGAAGUAUUCCUCCUGAUCAAAAGGCGGCACUUACGUCAUGUGCUGAUAAAUACAAUGCAAUUUUGGUAGCUGAUAUUCCACAAGCAACUGAAGCUUUGCAAAAAGGAAACCCAAAGUUUGCAGUAGAUGGUGCAAAUGAUGCUGUUAUUGAGGCCAAUGGUUGUGAGAAUGGCUUCUCUGGAAAUUCACCACUCACUGCUGAAAACAAUGCAGUGCGUGAUGCAUCUGCCAUAACAUCAGCUAUAGCUAGCUUGUUGCUCUAGUUUGUUUUGUCAAAAUGUUUCAAUAAAUUGUUGACCAUUUAAUAAAUAUGUUUCAAUAAGUUGUCAGGCAUUUAAUAAAUUCAUAUUAUUUCUUAUA